AUGUUAAUGGUAGUGCGUUCCUUUUGCUUACCGAACAGAGGCUUCUUAUUUAUUUCUUUUGGGCCAGCUAUAAACAUUGCAGAGUUCGUCUCUCAGUUGAACAGCCAAAUUUGUUUGAUUAGUAGUGACCUUCACGCCAAAAAAAAGAGAUGGGAAGUAAAUGGUGCCAUUCAACCAAAUCAAAUUCAUGAUGUAUACUUCGUGGAUCCAACAGAGGAGAGUCGUCCACUUCUUGAGAAGAUCCAUCAAGGUCAAUUUGUGGCUCUACAUGGGCCUAGAGUAUCUGGAAAGUUCACACGAGUACUACACAUGAACCACUUGCAAAACAAAACUUUAUUCGCAUCUA